AUGGGGCCCUGUGUUAAAAUGGGUAACCAAUGGAGCCCAGUGUUGAGAAAUGUUGUGAUGCUAACGUAUAAUGCGUCAUGGGAAAAUUUGCUUCUUUGUUCAAGAGGAAAUAGGUCCCAUGAGACGGUUAUAUUUGUGCAAGUAAAAGAUUCAUCUCUAACAGCGGUUCUCAUUUAUGUGGAUGAUAUGAUCAUCACAAGGAAUGAUGCAAAGGCUAUUCAAGAUCUCAAACUCUUCCUUCAUCAACAAUUUCAUAUUAAAGAUCUCGGCUAUCUAAAGUAUUUUCUUGGCUUGGAAGUGGCGAGAUCCAAAGCUGGAAUUGUCAUAUCACAACGUAAGUAUACUUUGGAAAUUAUGGAUGAUGUUGGAUUUCUCGGAGUUCAACCAGUUGAUUUUCCUAUGGAACAGAGUUUGAAGCUUACAAAUAAUCAAGGUGAUCUCUUGCUUAAUCCUUCUCGUUACAGAAGAUUGAUAGGUAGGUUAAUUUACCUUACAAUUACUAGACCAGACAUCACCUAUUCCGUGAACAUUCUAAGUCAGUUCAUGCAUGCUCCAAGAAAGCCUCAUUGGAAUGCUGCUCUCCGCAUUGUGAGGUAUUUACAAAACAAUCCAGGACUUGGGUUGUUAUUCUCUUCCAAUAGCUCUCUGACACUGAAAGCAUAUUGUGAUGCUAAUUGGGCUAAUUGCCCUUUGACAAGGAGAUCUACUUCGGGUUAUUGUGUGUUUCUUGGAAAUUCUUUAAUUUCUUGGAAGACAAAGAAACAAAAAACUGUUUCUAGAUCAUCAUCAGAAGCUGAGUACAGAUCUAUGGCUGCUGCAACUUGUGAACUUACUUGGCUUAGGUAUUUAUUUAACGAUUUACAAGUUUCCUUGGGACCUGUAAAAUUGUUCUGCGACAAUCAAGCAGCGCUUCAUAUAGCUGCAAAUCCUGUGUAUCAUGAACACACCAAACAUAUUGAGCUUGACUGCCAUGUUGUGAGAGAGAAAAUUCAGGCGGGUCAGAUUAUCACCAAGUUUGUCCCAUCGUCUCUCCAGCUAGCUGAUGUCUUCACAAAGGCUUUGGGAGGGAAUAUCUUCAAGAAUUUAAUGCGCAAGUUGAACAUUCUUGACAUACAUGCUCCAACUUGA